AUGGCUCUCCAAGCCUUCCUGGCAAGGCUGGGCCAGGAAAUCGACGAUCCAGAAGAAGAGUCGUUUCUCCUCUUCUCUCAGUCCAUCCCGUCCCAGAACCUCGGGUUUGUCGACUCCAAGGCCACGACGCUGGAGUUGACAGUCGGCGACCGUGACCUGGUGAUCCAUCAGUCGCCAACGAUACUUUCCUCCAACCGAGGAGGUGGAACGACGGGUGCAGUCGUCUGGAAAAUCACCCCGCGGUUCGCUUCUUGGAUUGCCUCCCCUUCCAAUCUGCUCUUCAAAACCGCCAUUUUGGCCCCUAACUCGUCUCUCCUGGAACUAGGAUGUGGAAUAUCAGGGAUCAUCGGGCUGGCACUUAGCCCACAUGUAGCAUCAUACGUGUUGACGGAUCAGCAAUAUGUGAUGAAGCUUUUGAAUCAGAAUCUCGAGGAGAAUCACCAAGCCAAGCCACGCUUGGCAAGCAAAGGCCAGAAACGCAUGGCAAACCCCAAGAAGGGCUCCGCCUCAAUCAAUAAGUCUCAGGUGACCAAUAAUAACAUUGUCACCCAGACUCUAGAUUGGGAAACGGAUGAAGUUACAAUUCCACCUGCGCUUGAAGGCAAGUCCGGCUUUGAAGCUGUGAUUGCCUGCGACUGCAUCUAUAAUGACAACCUCAUUAAGCCGUUGGUUCAGACAUGCGUCGAUGCUUGCAAACUCAGACACGGAAUAGCACAUACGGCUGAUGAUGUGGGAAAUCCCACUGUAUGUAUUGUGGCCCAACAGCUUCGGUCCGCAGAGGUGUUUGAAGGAUGGCUAAAGGAAUUCCACAAGGCGUUCAGAGUGUGGCGGAUACCAGAUGAGGAACUUAUUGAUGGGCUAAAGUCGGAUUCGGGCUUUGUGAUACAUGUUGGUAUUUUGCGUAGUAAUUUAGAUACUUGUACUUAG